CCCCUGAAGAACAACACAACAAAACCAGUUGGAAAAAUACCCGGGAGUUUUAGCUAACUAGCUGUGUUAUUAUUUUAUAUUUUCCCUCUAGUAGAUCAAUAACUAAUGAGCUAAUUUUUGAGAUGCCUUCAUUUUUACCUACGGUGGCCGAACAACUCUUCAAAGACAUACAGAAGACAUACCAAGAGAAAACUAAAAUUCCUGAUGACCUGCUUAUUGCGCUGAGGUUUGUGUUUGGCUCCUGUGCCCUCCAGGCCUUGGACCUGGUGGACCAGCGCUCUGUCACCUGUGUCUCAUCCCCCAGUGGACGGAGAGCUUAUCAGGUGAUUGGAGGGUCAGGGCUGCUGUACACCUGCUACACCUCCUGUCACUACUGCUCCUGCCCAGCCUUCGCCUACACUGUGCUCAGGAGGAACGAGAGCCUGCUGUGCAAGCACAUCCUGGCUGCCUACCUCAGUCAGGCCAUGGAGCUGUCCCAGCAGGAGGCCCUGUCUGACCAGCAGAUGUCCAGCAUCCUUUCUGGGAGAGCAGCAAGAACUGACACGUAGAGCACCAGACCCCCAGGUCACUCAUCCAGACCUACAUGUAGAAGACCAGACCGCAGCUACAGACCCAGUCCUCCAGUCUGUCUGCAUGUGUGAAGAUUACUUUUAUGGCUUUUAGGUCAUUGUACUGUUCUUCUAGAACUCUGGUGUGGUUCUCCGCUUUCUGAAAAUCAAAAGACAAAAAAUGUUGCUGUUUUUUGUGAGUGUUCGUGUUCUUAAUCUGUUGCCAGAGAAUAUGCAACAGUUCAUUGGCUAUUUUAAGACUCUCCUUUUAUAUGAAAAUGGUCGUUUGUAAACUCUUCUUGUAACAAUAUGAACAUUUUAUUUGUAUUUUUUAUUUAACCUUUAACUUUAUUUAACCAGGCAAGUCAUACAUAGCUUUUAUUGACAAAAUAAUUCACCAUGCAGAUUUUUCUCAUGUUAAAUAGCAGUAUUGGUUUAGUUGUCAGUUGAGUGAAAUAAUAAUUGAACAUCAUUGACGUUCAGACAUUCUACUGCACUGUUGGAGCUAGUAACAUAAGCAUUUCGCUGCACCUACUAUAACACCUGCAAAUAUGUGUACACAACCAAUACACUUUGAUUUGAACCACAGUUGACUGUUUAGGCUACUGGUUAGUGACAUCAAUACUGUAACACAUUUGCAAACACACAGGUUGGAAAACUACAUCGGCUUGUUCUUGUAUGGUUUUCUUCUUAAAUCGUUGGAAGCCUUCAUUCACAAGUCAGGCUUGUUGAAGGCUUUACAACCCACAGUAUCUUGCAGGGUUGGGGCAAUUCCAUUUCAAUUCAAUCAACUCCGGAAGUAAACAAACACCAAUUCCACAUUUUUCUCAGUAAGAAGCAUUUAGGGAAAUUGGAAUUUCAGUUUACUAAAUUGUAAUGGAAUUGAGCCCUUAUCUUGAUGCUAAGGUCACAUUUGAAUGAACAAAUAAUAGUAAUACCAGUACAGUGCAUUCUCCAAUGGAAUGUACUUGAAGUUUGGCACACUCCUAUAGUUUAGCCCUUGAAGUUGUAGAGGUGAAGGUUGAUGUGUAUGGUGAGGAAAUGAAAAACUAAGAAAUUAAACACAAUGGAAAUACUGUAUUUGUUGGACCCCUGUGCUAAGACAACACUUGUCUUAUAUUCCUUUUAGAAGUUAAAGUGAUACUACAGAGGUUUUGUAUAAUUUCAGGAAGUAUUGAAAGUAGUGUUCACUAUCGAAAACUGGUCCCCCAAAAUUUUCGCAAUGACAUUUUCACAAUAUGUUACAUCCUGCAAUUUGUUUUCCUCUCCUGCCGUUUAUAUGAUAAGUUGCGAAUUCCAAUUCGUACAAUAUGUUUGUACAAAUUUGUAAGUGCUUAAGAUCCCGUUCAAUCUAACUUUGUGAACACAAAAACAGUACACAACACAGUUUAAUAUCACAGCAAGGAGGCCCUUCUCAUAGCAGAGGAAAACCACCCUAAUUUUAGCACAGAUUGUGUGCCGUCACAUCCAAACUGGGUCUCGUUAAACUGGAUUUAUUUUUUAGAUGUCUGGUUUCCUGUUUUUGAUAGAAAACCACAUCUAAUUUCAGCCAGUUGAAAGUAAAAUAGACUGUCACAGCUUCUUAGAAAAGAGGCCAUUGUCCACAAUGCCAACCAACACAACAAAGGCAAGCUCAUCAGUUGGUGGUCAAGUACAGGGAGACAUCUUCAAACCGAGAACGAUGCACCGUCUAUUUCACAACACUGUGUCAGACUCACUCGUACAAAAAUACAAUUACAACAAUGAAGCAUAUUUUUGUCUUUCACAGAACAAGGACUUGUAAACCCUACAAUAUCGUUAGGCCUAGCGUUCCCUGCAGGGUUUGUGUCAAUUCAAAAUUUCUGAAUUUAAUUUGUAGGCCACACCCCAAAAGAAGCAGGAUUUUAAUUGAAGGAAGCAGAAUAUAAUUCAAAGCAAUUCAAAAUAAAUAAAUUUAUUGAAUUUAAUUCUACUUUUUUUAAUGCAAAUUCAAUUCCAAUGCUGCUUCCUGUCAGGUGUGGCCAAUUCAAAUUCAAGAAUUGAAAUUAAAGAGCAACCCCAACCUUGGAAACUUGUUUCGUUCAACAAAGAGGGACCUCCUCAGCAUUGCAUUGACUGAUUUGGCUUGGUGUAGUGAAGUGGUGUAUUUAGGAGUUCUUACUGAGUGAGGGGGAUGGAGCCACAUGGCUCUUAGCUGUUAUGCUAGGACAGACCGUACACCGUAGAAGUGGUUGAUCCUACAGUUUGACAAUUAUUGAGUAUUAAAAGCCACCUGGUUUGUUCCAGGACACAGGAAUUUGCCAGGUGGGCAAACAAAUCACAGCUGUGUCCAUGUGAGGGUUGUAUUAUGGACCUUCUAGGGAUGCCAAGGGAAGAGGGUGACAUUCAGAUGUGUAAUAUACAGUUGAAAUCAGAAGUUUACA